AUGAAGGAUAAAAUCAAUAACUUGAGCAUUAGCGAAGAACUUAAGCAACAACUUUGCCAAAUAAUGCUUAAUUCCUCUGAUUCUGAGCAAGAUAGUGAUAAUGAACUAGCUCAUCUCGAAAAUGAAGAAUUAUUUGAAUCUAAUACUGAAACUAGUUCAGAUAGUGAAAAUGAGUGCGCCUGUCAAGUCAACGAUCUCAAAAUAUGUGUCUUAACCAAAGAAGAAAGUUUGAUAAUAGACUUAAUUGACAAAAUAGAGGAUCCAGAUAAAAAGAAAGAAGUGCAAGAAAGCUACAUCUCAUUAGCUACAGCAGGACCAAGUAACCCGCAGCCAGUUGUAACUAAUGUAAGGCAACCAGUUGAAAACUACAGCUUUAAAACUAUAGUAAACAAGAUGAAUGAUAAAAUUCACAAGAAAGAACCUACUCUCAAUGAUCUUCAGUGCGAAGUUCAUGAUGUGAAAGAAGAACUUAGAGAGUUAAAAAUAGGCAUAGAUAGAGUGAUAGCUCAAAAAUGGUAUGCGAUGAUAACUAUUGUGAUUGAUAGAACCUAUACAUUUGCAGUUGAAGGGCUAAUAGAUACAGGAGCCGAGCUUAACUGUAUAAAUGAGGGCAUUUUAAGAAAACUACCCAGGUUCUACAUACAGCCGUGA